AUGGCUAUUCAGAUUCCUUCUUUGAUGUAUGGUACUUUGGCACUUUCGGCUCUUCAUCGCUUUACAUUACUCAACACAGUCCCAGAGACGUUCACUCCCGAAGCAAUGAUCUCCAAUCUUAUGUCAAGAAGCCUGAAACAUCUUCGAGAGGAGCUCAAAACUCACAGUCCUCAAUCAAGACACUUGUUGCUCCACACUAUCAGGACACUUUGUGUGUGCGAGAUCUACUCGGGCAAGGCGGAUUCCGCAUGGCGCAUUCAUGUAGACGGGGCAAGAGCCAUAUUGUCUUCGAUGCAAUCUGCUUCCAGACAAUCUGAAACCGAUGGCGAGCGCUGGCUUACAUCCCGAUGGUAUUCAUCAAUGGAGGCACUCACAGCCCUGACCGAUCGAGGUGCUGUAGACACUACUGACCAUGAUGGACAAGCUCUCAGUACUGGUGCUGAGCUCCUACACUCUCGGAACCAAUUCCUUGACAUCUACACCGGAUACUCGUCUGACCUCAAUGCCGUGUUCCAAGACAUCGGAUUACUGGCGAGGAGGCGAGAAAGCUUAUUGGCCUCGUCCGACUUGGUGUCAUCAGCGAACUUACAGACUCAGUCUGACAGACUUGAGGCCAUGCUACAUGAGAUGAUUCGACGUGACAGAGACGAAGGACUAAAGAUACCAUCCGAUGUCUUCCUUCCCAAAGCGCAACUCAAGCAAUUUAAUGCUUGUAAUGUUGCAUACCAAUACUCGGCAUUGAUACAUAUUCAUCGAAGGCUGCAAGAUAAGAGACGGGACUCUGAAGAAGUUCAAUCUUCUGUUCAAAAGAUCUUGGAUACCGUCUGUGGAAUCUUACCCAUGGAGGCACUUUCACCUUGGGCACUUCUGACAACUCCAAUAUUCACCGCGGGAUGUGAAGCCCUUGGUGAGAACAGGGCCUUGAUCAGAAACCUUCUCCUCAAACUUUACGAGACCCUUCGGAUCCGGAACGUACUACGGGCGAGGGAUGUUCUUGAGAAGCGAUGGGCACGAACUUUCGAAGACGACAACAAAGCUAAUAAUGAAUUGAUUGACUUCAUUCCGUACUGA